AAUUUUCAGAAUAAAGAUCAUUUCUACACGUGAUAAAUAGAAGAAAAUUAUCGAUUUCUUAAAAUGGUUUAUGGUAAAAAUCUUUGCGUUGAAGCUGAACUUAUUAAAGAAAUAUUUAAUAACAUGUCGUACGGAAAUAAAAUUAGUAUAGAAAAUGCAAAGAAAUAUUUAUCUGAUCAAACGCAUAAAUUUCAUAAUUUUGGUACUAAAAAUGUGGAAUAUGAAAAAAUUAAUACAAUUUUAUAUGAGGAAAGUAUGUUUGUACAGAAAUUCAACGAAGCAGAUGCUGAAAAUGUUUUAGCUAGAUUAAAAGAACGGAAAAAUAUUGAUAUUGAUCAAAUUCAAAGAUCUAGAUUAUUGAAAAAAUUAUCCGCGGAAAUAAAAAAUAAUUCCAAUAUAAUUGCUGAAUUAGCUUUAAUAACUCAAGGUGUUUCAACUAAUGUAACUAAAACAGUUGACAUACCCAUUGUUUGCGAUUAUUUGGAAUAUUAUGGUUCGAUUAGUUAUUUAACAACUUAUAAUCAUUUUCAAUGGUCUCCAUAUGAUAAUGUACUAAUAAUUGUACCAGACCAUAAUACGAUUUCUUCAUUAGCUAUGACAUUUGCACCAGCUUUUGCUGCAGGAUGUCGAAUUGUUAUACUGGUUGAAUCCCAAUUAACACCGAUUGGGUAUUUAUUCGGAGAUAUUUGUAAAAAAUCUGGAAUUCCAGAUGAAUAUCUAGAAAUUCUAUGUUGCUCUGAUCGAUAUGGAACUGGUCAAAUUCAUUUACAGAAAGAUCAAUUUUUUCAGAAAGUUAUGUAUGUUGGAGAUGCUGAGGGUGGGAAAACAUUGAAAUAUUCUUUAGGUGGAUUUCCACAAAAUUUAAGUUUAUUGAUAAAAAGUAAAUCUUCGAUGAUAAUUCAUAACGAUUCAGACAUUUAUUCCGCAUGUGACGCUCUAAUUGAAGGAGCUUGGAGUCAUUAUGGCUUGCUACCAUGGAAUUUACAUAACGUUUACGUUCAAGAAAGUAUCUACGAAAAUUUUCUAAAAGUAUUAAAAGCAAAAAUGAAUUCGAUAAAUAUCGAUAUAUUUUCGAAUAACAUUGGUUUGUGUAAUAAAUAUUGUUCAGUAGAAAAUUUGCAGCAAUUAAUAAAAAAAUCGAAACAAUUUGGUAUCGAUUAUUAUCAAUCGGCAGCUACAGAUGGUGAAAAUUCAAAAUUUUUACCAACUUUAUUUUAUGGUGCACAAAUAAUCGAUGAAGAUGAUUUUACACCAGUUGUUACAAUUUUACCCUAUCGAAAUAUAACGGAGGCGGUUGCUUUGGCGAAUAAUACCAAAUAUGGUUUGGCUGCAUCAAUUUGGAGUGAAACUGAAUCGAUAAUUAAGGAAAUUUAUCAUCAAUUACAGGCCAGUUUAAUAUGGGUUAACAGCUAUGGAACUAUAAACCCACAAGCAAGUUUAUGUCCUUACAAAGAAAGUGGUCUUGGAUAUUUUGGUGGUGUAGAAGGACUCUUAAAUUAUAUGCACUUAGACGGCAAUACACUUAAACCGUAUAACGUGUAUGAAAGUCCCGGACAUGUGGAUAACGCCAAAAAUGAGGCAGUUUGUGCAAAAGUAGCCGUAUCUAAAAAAUCUUUUCUAGUUUGGUCAAAAUAUUCAGCUUUGGAACGAUGUAAGCUUUUACAAAAACUUGCUGAUGAAAUUGAAAAGAAUGGAAAAUUACCACAAGAAGUAAAAAAUUGGUGGAUUCAUAUUCUUUACGAAUAUUCAACAAAAGGUUUACUAGACGAGACAAUUACUUUCAUAAAUAAGACAUCUUUGACCACAAUUAAAGAAUCACUUGGUGUAAUUGUGAUCGAUGCCAAUCGUGAUAUGGAUUUAAUUGCACAAUUAGUUAUAUUUGCAAUAGCAAAUGGUAACGCUGUUAUAUUAAUCGUAAAAACGGUUGAUUAUUUAACCGAGAUAACAAAACUAUUUAGCGCGUGCGGCUUUCCUUCAAAUCUGUUAACAAUUAUUACAACUGAGAAUUAUCUGAAACCGUUAAUUGAACAUGAAGAUGUUCAAUCGUAUUGGUAUGAAACUAGUACAGAUGAUAAACAACGAUUUAAUCGAGCCCGUCAUGUCGAUUGGCGAACAACAUAUAAUUUAAAAAAUUCAUUUAUUUACGAGACCGAUCAUAAGUUUGAUGAUAUUGCGUUAAAUAUGAUUUCAUCGAAGAAAAAAACUAUUUUAAGUAAUGUUGGUAAUUCGAUUCAUUUGUAG